GCCAGUGUUCGCCUUCUGUGGAUUGAGGACGUAGCACAGACACACAAGCUUCAUCUACUUUCAGGCUCCUGUCGCUUGACCCGCAGUAGGUUGUUUACCCCGCUUGUUGUUUUUAUUUUUAACAAAACAAAAAAACAAAAAAUGGAAGGACACGUUUGCAACAUCCAGGUGCUCCUUCGGGCUGCCGAGUUUCUGGAGAGGAGAGAGCGAGAGGCAGAACAUGGGUAUGCUUCAGUCCUGCCUCUCAGUCCAGAUCAUCAUGAUAAAAGGAGCAAACAGAAGAGCAAGAAGAUAUCUGCGGGUGGCAAUAGGUCAGUUCACAACGAGCUGGAGAAAAACAGACGAGCUCAGCUGAGGCACUGCCUGGAGCAACUCAAGAAACAAGUCCCUCUGUCGUCCGACUCAAUGAGGAACACCACCCUCAACCUGCUGAGACGAGCCCAGCUUCACAUAAAGAAGCUGCAGGAGCAGGAUGAGCGCGCGGAGCAGGUAAAGGGCCGCCUGCGCUGGGAGCAGAGAGAGCUGCGGGUUCGGCUGGAGCAGCUGCAGAGAGGCACGGAGAGGAUGAGGAACGACAGCCAGGGGUCGACCAUGUCCUCUGAGAGGUCUGACUCUGACAGAGAGGACGUGGAAGUUGACGUGGAGAGCAUCGUGUUUGACUGCAUGGACUCUGACGGACUGAGCAUGACACACACUGAUGCAGACCACUGUUACUCCAGCAUGGACAAAGCCUGGCUAUGACAGCAUUGAAACCUACGGUAACUUAUUUAAUGUCACCAGGCAGACAGGAAGAGGAGAAAACAUUCCAAAAAAACCAACAGAGGAAGAGAGAGAAUGGAGGAAUAUGUUACUGUACAACCGAACACCUUUUUUUUCUUUCUUUCUACAGAAGGAGUAACUUUUGACAUCCUCUUUUCAGAAUAUGUCAGACUACAAGCUAAAACGAUACAAUUAUGAAUGAACUGUGUCCAUUUGCACUGAAUAGCAGUUAAAAUCACUGGGCUGGGAUGGAUGUAACAUUACGCAUACAUAUUUUCCUGCAUCAACCAUUAAUGGCAUUUCUUUCCAAAGCCAUGAGUAAAAAGUCUGUGAAAAUCCAAAUAAGGACUUUUUAUUCAAAACUCUUUUAACUUAUUCUUUACUACAGUAUGUCUAUACUGAAUUCUGCCUUAAUAUCAGAUUUGGUUUAGUAUUCCAUACAGCUUUUCUUUAGCACUAAGUUCAUAUUUCAGUAAUGUCAUGUGUAACAUGCACUUAAACAUUAAUCUGUGCUAUGUUUUGUAUUAUUGUCCUUUUUAUGUUAAGUUCAGUCAUGUAUUUUGAUCUUUUUCUUCUGUUGCACAAAACGUCCACACAUUGCACUUGUUUUGUCUCAAAAGGAUUGUUGGAAUAUCAAAACCGCGAACAGACAUUAACUGGUUAUAUUUGCACAUUUUUAUCUGUGUCAAAUAUUCAUUUGUACACAAUUCAGUCUGUGAUUAAGUGCAAGAAUUUUGAUGCCUGUUUUUAAAGAGAACUUGUGAGAGCAUAUGGACAGAGGUGGAUAGACAGUUUUAUUCACUGCUAAUAUUAACCGGUAUCUUUCUUAGAAGUGUUCUCUAUCACAGCUGUACACUUCAUUGCUUGUGCAUUUGUCAGUAUAAAUGUUAAUUAUGCAUGUAACAAAUUCACCACAGUCAGGCAGGUUGUGUCUACUUGUAAUGAUUAUGCCGUAUUACAAGUAUGUAUCAUAUUCAUUGCUAUGUAUUUAAUAACUGAAGGUGCUGUUUCCCCCUUCACUUCUGUAUAUGCAAGAUGCCUUAUUAUCUUUUAAUAUUAUGUAUGCAUUCAUCUGUCUCUCCGCCCAGUAAUAUUAUGUAGCAUUUUUGUACUGGUGUAAGCUUUUUUAUUGAAUAAAUAUUUUCUAUAUUUA